GCUGGAAUGUUGGGCACCCCCGGGGCGGCAGGGGAUAUUGUGCACAUGAAAUCACCCAGGCGUGUCCACUGGGUGGGUCAGCUGCAUGGCGCUGUAGCCAAGCGUUGCAAAGGGUGAACUUUAGGACCCAGAAGGUUUUGGAGGCGUAGGAGGGUUAUUGGGUGAAAAGGUAGGAGCAGCCAGGGUACUGCACAGAGGAAGUAGUCUGCUUUCGUUGCUGACGGUUGAGCCACAGCACUUGAUAUGGCUUCUUCUUCAACUGUGUUGAUGCGCCUAAUGGCCUCUGCGUAUUCUGUUGCGCACAGAGCUGGAACAAUAGUCAGAAAUGUGAUGGCUGGUGGAGACCUGGGCAUAGUGGAGAAGUGUGGACCCAAUGACUUGCAGACUAAAGCCGACCGACUGGUACAAAUGAGCAUUUGCUCUUCACUGGCACGGAAAUUCCCCCGAGUGACAAUCAUUGGAGAAGAGGACCUGCCCUCUCAUGAUGUAGAUGAGGAGUUGAUUGAGGACGGUCAGUGUGAGGAAAUACUGAAGAAAGCUUUUCCUCCACAAUACAGUUCCAUUAAAGAGGAAGAGCUUGUUGUGUGGGUUGAUCCUCUGGAUGGGACCAAAGAAUACACGGAAGGUCUCCUCGACCAUGUAACAGUUCUUAUUGGAAUUGCUUAUGAAGGUAAAGCAAUAGCAGGAGUUAUUAACCAACCCUUCUACAACUAUGAGGCAGGAGCAGAUGCCAUGCUGGGUAGGACAAUCUGGGGUGUCCUAGGUUUGGGUGCCUUUGGAUUUCAGUUGAAAGAAGUGCCAGCUGGGAAACACAUCAUCACUACUACCCGUUCACACAGCAGUAAGCUGGUAAAUGACUGCAUUAGUGCAAUGAACCCUGAUAAUGUGGUGAGAGUCGGAGGUGCAGGAAAUAAGAUCAUUCAGCUGAUAGAAGGCAAGGCUUCUGCUUAUGUGUUUGCUAGUCCCGGGUGCAAGAAGUGGGAUACAUGUGCUCCCGAGGCUAUUUUACAUGCUGUGGGAGGCAAGCUGACUGAUAUCCAUGGAAAUCCUCUUCAUUAUAACAAGGAGGUGAAACACAUGAAUUCAGCAGGGGUCCUUGCCACGUUGAGAAACUUUGACUACUAUGCCAGUCGUGUUCCAGAGAGCGUUAAACAAGCCCUUGUGCCUUAAAGGAGGAAGCCAACUGUGGAAAAAAAACAUUAACAUCAUAUUUCAAACUAACUGCCAAAUGAGCUUGAAAAUUAUUUUUUUUAUGAAAUCUGAGCCUAGAUUCAUUUUGCUAUUGUGCUGAUCAGUGAUUUGUUUCAGAAAUUAGUGUACAGAAUGUCUAGAUACACUGCUAAAUCUGAUUGUUUGGGGAGGGGGUAACCUACAGUUGUUUUACCAGGUAACAGGUUAGAGUUUUUCAAUAUUCACAGUAGAUGGUUUUUCCUUCCCUUUGAAAGUAAGGAACCCAAGGCAAGUUCUGUUCAUGUGAAUAGAUUUUAUGCAAUUAUACUGUGUACAUUUGUAUCCCAUAAUAAUGUCACAGUCCAAAUCUAUUUCCUUAACUUAUUUCAGGGCACGAAACCAUAGCCUGAAUUUGCUCAACAUCUUUUGUUGUACAUAGGCAGCAAUACUUAGUUUUGGUGGGUCCAACUGCUUAUUAUAAAGUUACUGUUACUGAUUCUUAA